AUGGCGGCCAGCACGAGCGCAAGUGAGGCGGGCACAGCGCUACCGAGCACAACGAGCGGCAGCUGUCGAGCCUCACGGCCCAUCGGCAUCACGCUUCAUCAUAACAGUGGUGUGCUCGCGCACUGGCGCGUACACUUUGAACUUGACUCUGCGUUCUCCUCCGUCGUCGCUGUUGACUGCGUGGCCCGCUGUGUCGGCCACACGCGUCCCAUCAACGUGAUCAAGGCCCAUCGCCAGCUUGGCUGUGCCAUCUCCAUGGCCGUUUCCGAUGACGAAGCUGAAUUGUUGGUGUGGAAGGCCAAUGAUAGUCCUGUCAUACCGACAACACAUCGUGGGGAUCAAAGUGUCACGCAGCUUGCCCGUAUUAAACUGCCCGUGUCUGACAUGGAAACCCGGCACCUCCAGCAGUCGAUGGCUUUCUUUGAAACAGAGCGCUUUGUGGCUUGGGCCGUGGCCGUGGAUAAGACAGUACACAUGUUUGGGCUCGGUGCUGCUCGACUUGCCGACCGCUCGGCUAGUGCACAAGAGACCAUGGCGCAGGGCGGGCUCAUUUCACGCAUGGCUUUGGCACCGAAGCGCCUGCUCAAGCUGACAAGCGACGAGCCCAUUCAAGCGCUCUGCCUUGUGCGCCUCAACACCAGCACAGAGCGCGAGCGGCACGCCAUUCUGCUCUUUGGCACAACCACAACGCAGAUGGCCCUGCUCGAUGCCGAGGGAGAGAUGUUAUCGCCCGACGCACUUGUGGCACACCCCGUGCCCCUCGUCCUUCCGAGCAUCCAGGCCACUGCCUUAACGAUGGUCCCCAACCUGAAAUGGACGCCCGAUGCCGACGUGAGCUCGAUAACGCUGGACUCGUGUGGCGUCACUAGUGCAGCAUUAGAGGCCUCGGUCAGCCAGCUGCAAGCCCACUUUGUGCUUGCCACAUCCUCUGGCCUCCAGCUGUGGUGUGUCGAGGAUGACGAGCAAAGCGUGCAGGCCACCGAGCUCCUGCGUGUGCCUUUGACGCUCUUGCCUCUCAACCAGGUGCAGAUGGAUGUGGAUGUAUCGCGCCUUGGACGUGCCGUCAUCACGGCGCGCACCUCAGCCGUCACGGGCUCAAGUGCGACUGAGGUUGCGGUCGUAGACCUGCUGUCCCUGACCAAUGGGCAAGAGCCCGCAGUUAGCCGCUUGCCCUCGGAGCUGGCCGUGCGCCACGUCACCUGGUGCUGCUUGGAAACGGAGGCUGAACUCCUCCAGGUGUGCUGCGACGACUUUUUGUAUUUGCAAUGCCUUGACGCCUCCGGUGAUUUCCGGGUCUUGGCCAAGCAAAGCCAUGCUAGCCUUCCCCAGCAAGCUGCUAUGAUGCAAGGCGGUGUGUGCAUGAUGGCCACCGAAAACGGCAUGGACGUGUUCAGCAAAUGGGAUGAGCCUCUGCUCGCAGCUAUUCGCGAUACAGAAGCAUUUCCGGCCGUAUUUCUUCGCCUGCGCACGACGCCUGACCUGGGCGGCGCCAAACCGAGCUUUCACCCCGCUACACUUCGCCAGCUCGUCCUACACAACCAGGUCGACGCUGCCAUGGACGUCUUACAGCAGCUCUGGACCAGUGUGCGGCCUUUCCGCAUCUCGAAAGAAACUGCCGAGCUCGAACAAAACUCUUUCUUCACCUCCACGCUCGAUGACUACCGCUUUGAGUUGGACGGCGUCAAGGAAAAGCAACACGCCAUCGCGUGGCCCUGGCUACCUCUGGCACGGUAUGCCGACCGAAUGGAAGCCCAGCCGACCAAGACCGGCCCCCGUCAGCGCUUGAUGACCAAAGAGAGCCUCUUGACUGCACACGCAGAUACGGCCGGGGGCGACGAAGAACUCUCUUUGGCCGGCGUGGAUCGCCUGCAACGUGCGUUGAGUUGUGUAAGCGACACUUUCAUGGUAGGCAAACAAUUGGAUGAGCUUGGGGCCAUGGCGCGCGUCGUGCUUCGCUUGAACGGUGUUGCCCAAGAUUUAGAUGAGGCUGGCCAGCUCUUCCGAGCCUGUUGGGAACUGGCCGUUCCCACAGCAGCAACAACGGAGGCCAGCCAGUCCGUUGAUGCCCUUGGUGCAUUCAUCGGUGUGGUCAGCGACGCUGAGGACACGCUACUUGCCUUGGUGGAUCAAUUUGACGUUAUGCAACAGCGCUGGCGCCCUGCAGGGGAUCCGGAUCUGCGCUGGGCAGACUUUCGCGCAGCUGGAGCUGGAUACUGGGUGCGAAGCAAAGCCAAGCUGCAAGCUGUCAUUGAGCGCAUUGCAAAGGCUACUUUUCAGGCCACCAACGAUCCUUUGGAGGCAGCCAUAUUUUACGUGGUGCUGCGCAAGGCCAAGCUUCUUGCAGGACUGUUCAAGCUCAAGAACAACGAGCGGAUGGCCACUUUCUUCAACAACAACUUUGCCGAGGAGCGAUGGCAAACGGCAGCUUUGAAAAAUGCCUUUGUCUUGGUCUCCAAGCAUCGUUUUCAAGAGGCUGUUGCCUUUUUCCUGCUUGGCCGUGACGUCGCCUCUGCCUUGAACAUUUGCUUGCGCAACCUCAAUGAUCCACAGCUGGCUUUUGUUGUGGCCCGCCUGAUGUACGAUGAUGAGACUGCCAUCAGCUCCUUUGCCACCGACAGUUUGGCACAGCAUCUCUCAGAGCAUGGUGCACAUUUGGCCGGGCGUGCCCUGGCAUUGUGGCUGGGACGAAGUUAUUGCGAGUCGUUUGACGAGCUCACGCGCGUCACGCAGCGCUUUGCCAACCCUGACCUGGCCCUGCGCCUUGCCCUGCGCCUUGAACAGCACAGCCAGCUGCGUGGCAAGCGGCGCGUCCCGACUAACUUGUAUCAGCAAGCAGCCUCGAGUCUGGCGGCUGGUGGCCACCACAUAUUUGCUGCCCUCGUCUGCCAAGAGCUGCUGCAACGCCUGGAGGAGGAGGAAGCCAACUCCAUCGCAGCACCUGACGGCGAGGUGAGUACGGCAGUUACGGAUAGCAGCGGCGCUGCGACGUCACAACAGGAUUUGAUCAACUCGGGCACCUUUAGCUUCGAUGCCUUUGGCGGCUUUGGGUUUGACGAUUUUCCACCUGAGCCAGAACCCGAGCCCGUGGGGCCAGCAACAGACACUGCUCAUGCAGAUACGGAUGAAAGCUCCUUGGAAAAGUUGCUCUCCGCCUUGAUUCCACUAGCACGCUGUAUUACCGUGCGUCGCUUGCGCCAUGCAUUGGCUGUGCACGUGGCCAGUGACCUGGGCCAGCUGAGCCAACUCCACAUGCCCUGGUCCGCAGCUCUACGCAAAACGGCGGCGGGAGCUGCAUUGUGCUUUCCGACCGCAUCUCUAGAUGUGCCCGUCCAACCUGGUACAGUACCGUGGCUUGCUCUAAAUCUGGCGACCAAUGCCUUUGAUCUGAGCGCCGCGGGUAGUUUGCUGGCCGCUUGUAAACCGAGUCAAUUGGUGCGACAGAUGGAACGCGUGUCACGUGAACUGCUGAACUGUGCGCAGAGCUUUCUUGUCACGCGCUCUGGCCAGUCGGAGGAAGAACCUGGCGCCACCGCACCCGCGAGUGCAGACCUCAACACACUCUCUCACAAACUCUCGGCCAGCCUCUCUCGCUCCCUUCGCAAGGUCGCCAUCGACCCCGAGGGCCUCCCGCUCCCUGUCUCGCCUGAAAGCUUGGCGGAGCAAGUUUUGGCUGUGUAUGUGGCACGCGUGGCACUGCAUUGGCGCGAGCGCAAUCUCCCGGCACUGCAGAGCACCUUUGCGCGCUUUCACCCGACUAAAAUAUGGACUAUUCUCUUUGGUGCGGAAAGCGAGUCGUGCUUGCUGGCGGCACAGCGGCUGGCCGCUGGCAAGCACGCAGCCGAACUUCAAGACACAGUGGAGUUGCUAUGUCUUCUGGAGAACGAAGGGGCCAGUGAGGAUGCGCUGCCUCCCGGCUUUACUCGGGAGGCAGUUCUCAACAGCCUGGAUGCCUUGGCCGACGUUGAGGAAACUGAGGAGGGCCGGGAGUCAGACUCGGUGCCCCAGGAUGCAGCGUACCGGUAUCGCUGGGCUUUACUGGAACUGACGAUUCUGCGCACGGUUUGUCGGCAAAUAGACUGUGUCCUCGAAUCAGCAGGCCUGGCCACCAGCGAGCUGAGUUGGACGAGCCCCGCGCUCUAUCGCCUCGUCAUGCGCUUGAGCCGACACGUGGACGUUCUGCGUACCGAGUACGAUGCUCUGGCUACGCCUGACGUCUCUCUCGCUGGGUCGCUGGGCGACAGCGCGCCGUCAAACGACGGCGCGAACUUGACGGCCACAACGCGUAGCAUCUUCAAAAUGAAGGCGCUUGUUGAGCCUCGUAACAACCCUUUCAAGGGUGUCAAUGCUCGGCGUCUGUGGCACACGCUCAUCAACGCGCCACUCGUGCUUGAGCUGGUGCAGGGUGAUUUGUUGGACAAAUCGACGACGAGCGUGGGCCCCAUUGUGGACCAAUUGCCACUCGCAGACUGGUACACCAUGGGCACGGUGCACCACGAGGUCGUGGACAUGAUUGCCACCUUGCGCUCCUCCAACACGCGCCUGGCACUCGGUACCACGCGUGAUAUUCUUGAGAUUGAUACGGACGCGUCUCUGCGGCAGGAGGGCCUCAAGGUGACACUCGAGCGCCCGGUUCCCAACACACGCCGUCUUUGCGGCCACCCUCGCCAUGAGAUGUACGUGUCCGCAGGCACGGAUGAUCAGCUGGUACUCUGGGAGUACGACAGUCCACAGCCGCAAGGAUUAUAUCAACGCAAGUCCUCAAAUUCGAGCGUGUCACACACCGCUUUUGAUCUGUUCGGAUGCCGCCUGGGUCAGGCGCAAAGUGACGGCACCGUGCACCUAUGGCAUUUCGCCCAACAAUCGCGAGGUACUCCCUUUCGGGAACUUUCCUCCGGUCUGAAGCGGCUUGAGUACUUUGAAUUUCUCAGCGCCAGUAUUCUUGCCCUGGGUGGCCAUCCACAAGAGCACCACUCUGUUGAAGUGUGGGACACUUUGCUGCCACCACGUCAAAGCGUCGUGCAGCGCUUCCACGUUACCGAUGCCACCGCAACGAGCCUACUUUAUCUGCCCGAAAAGCUUCAGUUGCUUUGUGGUACUUCAAAGGGAGAUGUGGCUCUGCUCGAUAUUCGAACACAGUCCAUUGUCAAGACUAUGCCCAUGCACGAUGGGUCGGUUCAGAAGAUGCUCUUGUGUGAAGAUGGCCACCAUGUGACCACCACGGGUUUGGACGGUGCCGUACGGCUGUGGGACGCGCGCACUGGCACUGAGCGGUGCCGGUGGGAUCAAGUGCACGGCACACGUGGUCGCAUGUUUUCCGAGCGCGCCUCUGAUCUAGCCCUCGUAGGGUCGCUGCUCUACUCAGUUGGGCCUGAUGGGAGUCUGCGUUGCAUCAACCUGCGCAACUUUGUUUAG